AAAGUAAUUUUCUCUUUUCUUUCACUUCAUAGAUAACGUUCACCAGAGCUGGGUGCUUCUCUCUUUCAGGGCGGGUGUCCCACGGUGUCCCACGGUGUCCCAUCCUGUCCUAGUGCACAAGGACUCGUAUUGCGCGCACUCGCCAAGCCACAGCAACCCCCUUGCGUGCGCGCUCCCUCCAAAGACGUCAGGACGGCACGCACUAUAUCAGUUAGCUUUGCGCCCCCCCCUUGCUAUUGAGACUAGGGGAGGGAGAGUGUGGCUAAAUAUAAAACGCAAAAUGAGUACAAUUCAUAAAAACAAGAAUAUAAACCGCCAGCCUCAGCAGCACCCGUAUUUAACAUCAAAUAUAUACUGAGCAUAAUAUUUGAGCGGCGCAACAAGAAUAGACGAAGCUGACUGAAGCUGCAACGCUUUUAUUUUUUUGCGGAGAGAUUUGCACGAAGCGCGACCCCUGCAUUCCAGUCUCCGUGCAGUUUCUUCUUUUGAACAAGCAGAAGACUGCUUCUGCUGGGGCUGAUCUGAGGAGGAGGAGCAGGCAGGAGGGUUGAGAGGAUCGUCACUCUAGGGACAGGGAGUGGAGUGCCUUGUGGAAAUGUGAAUAUGAGUUCCUGCAGAGCUGCCCUCUACAGGGAACCCCGGAAACCUGCGGCAUCCUGCACCUUCCACCCUGCGCGCCGGUCCACCACUAUGCAUCUUAAGCCAUAUCCCAAGUUUCAAAAGAAGGACUUGCCAUUGGAGAUGAGCCAGGACAGCCUCCGUGCCCAUUACCCAAGCCAGCAGGGGGCGCUGCGGACUGAGCGAUGCUCUAACGCCUGUGUCACCUGGCAACCUUGCUCACCAGGGGGCUUGCAUGGCAACGGCAUGGCCAAGCGACGCCCCUUUGGGGUGCUGUCCACCAACACCAUGUGCAAUAGCAGCAACAGCGCGGGCCCCAAACCCAGCGGGGAGUCCCUGUACGCCCGGGCCAGGAAAAGCAGGACGGCCUCUCUGAACUCCAUCACAGGGUCUCUUCUGCUGCUGUCCACCGCCUCCGAGAACGACGAUUCCUUCAACAUCCACCGGGGAGACGAGGCUGAGGGGCCUCUGGACAUCUGGGCAGUCAUCAAGCCUGGGAACACCAAGGAGAAAAUCGCCAUCUUCGCUGCCAGCAGCGACAACAGCAGCAGUGCCGGCAAUGGAAACAGAAAUCUUAGCGUCAGCAUUCGCAACAGCAGUAACAGCAGCAGCCCCAGCAGCCGGACAGUAUCGAUAAAAAUCAAGGGCAGCUGGGAGGUCGAGGGUUCCAUAGCCAAGCGCAGGAAACGAUCUGUGGACCCCGACACACUCAAGACCCCAGAGCAGAAGCCACAGCUGCAGCCCACCAGGACGAGGGAUUGUGGGGCAAGGGAGGUGGGGGGACAGUUGGACAGCAUGGUGACUGAGGGGGGGGGAGGAGAGGAAGAAACGGAGGAGGAAGAGGAUGGGGAUGGGGAGGGAGGGAAAGCCCUGUCUGUGGUGGAGAUGGUGGCAUAUUUAGAGCAGAGGGCCAGCGAUCUGCUUACAGACUGUACCAAACACUGCCCUGUGCGCAGCUUGGGUUGCGUUGGGCAAUCGAAGGGGGGGACCGCAGUGGAGCAGCAGUCUGUGUCGGAGAGCCAGGGGGACUGCGUCAGGGUGCUGGAGAUGGUGGCCAAGCUGGAGUCGGAGUGCCUCAAGAGGCAGUGUGAGCGGGAGGCCAGCGGGGGGCUGUCCCGCAACAACAGCCUGCGCAGGAACGUGGGGAGGGUGCUGCUAGCAACAGGGCAGGUUCCUCCGCUCUCCAUGCAGCAGCCAGAGUCUGAGCCACAGCAUAAUCCUCAGCAGGGUCAGAACUGUUUAGAGGAGGAGGAGGAGGAGGAGGAGGAGGAGUCUCCUGACAAAUUGAGCAAGAGGAGCCCCCAGAAAAACGGGGAUUGCUGUGAAACUCUGGCUUCAGAAACUGCCAGUUUGGUCUUCAGGGAAAGGGAAGGGAGCUAUUGCUGCGAUGGCAGCGUAGAUUUGAGAGAGCCUCUGCACUUGAAUUGCAGGCCUAAGGGCUGCUGUGAAGAGGGUAUGGAGCAGCAGGGGGAGAGGAGGAGGAGGAGGAGGAGGAGGGUGGAGGAGGAGGAGGAGGAGGAGGAGGAGGGUAGCGCUGGCGAGUCCUCCUGUGUAAUGAAGGAGGGGGACUCGGGUGCGAGAGCCGGGCCGCAGCAGGAGAGGCGAGAGGAGUACGAGCCCCACGUCGGCCAUCGUGAGGAGCAGAUUCCCGGGAUGCUGUUUUUCAGACAGACUCCGUCCUCGACUGAGCAGGACCAGCUCUCUAAGCCACCAGCAGCUGCAGCAGCAAAGAAGGAUGAGGAGGAGGAAGCAGGAAAAGAAGAAAGUAGAGAAUCGGAGCGUUCCAUAGACUCUGCCCCACAAAGAGACUCCACCCCAACAGAACUGCCCCGACCCCUGUCUGGGGAGGAGGGAGAGACUGAAAGUGAGGGCGUGUCACAGCAGCGAGAGAUGUUGCCUCUGCGCAGGCUGGUCUCCCACGAGUUCCUGGAGAUGCGCUUCAAGAUCCAGCAGCUGCUGGAGCCCCAACAGUACAUGGCCUUUCUGCCGCAUCACAUCAUAGUGCAGAUCUUCCGCUUCUUGCCCACGGAGACGCUGGCCGCACUCAAGUGCACCUGCCAUUACUUCCAGUUCAUCAUCGAGAGCUACAACGUGCGGCCCGCCGACUCCCGCUGGGUAUGCGACCCCCGCUACAGGGACGACCCCUGCAAGCAGUGCAAGAAGCGCUACGGUCGCGGGGAUGUGUCGCUCUGCCGCUGGCACCCUAAGCCGUACUGCCAGGCGCUGCCGUACGGCCCCGGCUACUGGAUGUGCUGCCACGGCUCCCAGAAGGACGCAGCGGGCUGCAGCGUGGGACUGCACGACAACCGCUGGGUCCCCGCCUUCCACAGUUUGAACAUGCCAAUCUACAAGAGAGUGCGGGGGGCUGAGGAGGACACUUCAUAGGGGUGCUGUGGGUGGGAAUAGCAGGGGGAGGGAUGUUGUGGUGGUGUGUUUGUUUUUUUUUUUUGUCUGUGUGUGCGUAAUUGAGGCCAGGUUGUUUUUACACACUUCACAAGGUAUCGCUGAAUCGUUUCUGAUCAAUCUCGGGAAGAUCUGAAUGUGUUUAUUUAAUAUUACAACGCCGUUAUUGCAUAAUUAACACGAUGGCUGCUUGCUGCUACCACAUGGUUUUUGUUCGUAAUAAAAUAAUGCCUCUGGCAUGCUUUAAUAAUGACUUCAGAGGGUAGUGGCAGGAUAGGGCUGGAGUGAAGCUGGGACUCCAAUGAAGCUAGCGUCGGCAUAACAGACACUGUGAGCAAACUCGCACUGAGCAGCCACUGCGUCGAAGAUGCCAAAUGAGUGGUCUGUAUCUCCUUGUUUCAGACAGUGAUGCACCUCUUGCUUUCACACACUGUUCAGUUUGGAGAUAUGGAAAUAGAAGUUUCAGCAUUUUGAUCUACGAGCAACGUUAUGUGCUGUAAAAAAUAUAUAUUUUAGUGGCUUGGCAGUCUGGCGCAAAGGGUGAGUGAGAUUUAUAUGAUAUGUUCCUAGCGUAUAGAGAAUACAUUGUCUGUUUUAAAGUACGUUUUUGUUUUUAAUUUGGUCUGCACCAGUGAUGACAUUGACAGUUUGGAGUUAUUUUCUUGCUGUAAUUCUGAGUGAUUGGAGCCUGUCUCCUGCGCUGUUUACAAUGUAUAUAAUAGUGAGUCCUAUCAAUUCAUACAGGGUGAGGGGCUAUGCAUGUGCAGUACUUGAGAGCGUCUGCAACCCUCUGUGGAUCAAACACAGGAUUCUACCCCUGCCUUGUACAUAUUUAAAGAAUCCAGGUUGUACAUGUGUGUAUAUAUAAAGUAUAGAACUGGCACAGCCACUUAACCACUACAGUGCAGCUAUGCGAGCAUUGCAGAUAUUAGUGUUUAUUUUUGCGUCUGUUUUUUCUUGUUUUAUGUUAUUCUCCUAUCUAUUAUAAUUUUUUUGAUUCUGAAAAGACACCUAAUAUGGAGUUCUAAACUUUGUUCUUUUUAUUUGUAUGUAUGCAUGUGUGUAAUUUAUAUAUAUA